AUGGUGAAUGUCGCAUUGAUCGGUGGUACGGGUAUGGUGGGCUCUCAUAUCCUCACCAGCCUUAUUGCCAACCCCACUGUAACCCGCGUGGACACCAUCUCCCGUCGCACCCCGCCAGCCGCUAGCGGCACGCCCCCAGCCAAACUCACCAACUUCGUCUCUAGCGAUACCGCCACCUGGGCCGGCAAGCUCUCCACCCUCUCCCCGACCCCCAGCAUCUUCAUUUCUGCCUUUGGAACCACAAAGGCAGCUGCAGGCGGGUUCGAUAACCAAUACAAAAUCGAGCAUGGGCUGAACGUCGAGCUUGCCAAGGCCGCGCACGAAGCUGGCACCAAGGUCUACGUGCUGAUCUCCUCUACUGGUGCCAACAAGGAUUCCAACAUUGCCUACUCCCGCAUGAAGGGCGAAAUUGAAGAGGAUAUCAAGAAGCUUGGGUUUGAGCACAUGGUCAUCCUGCGCCCUGGUCUGAUUGCUGGUACUCGUGAGGAAAGCCGGCCGCUCGAGGCUGGGAUCCGGUUUUUUGCGAACUUGGCUGGUAAGCUUCACUCCGGUCUGAAAGAUAGCUGGGCUCAGGAGGCGGAGGUUAUUGGCAGAGCUGCUGUCAAUGCUGGUCUCAAGGCGCUGGAAGGCGAUGUUCCCGAGGGCAGCGAGAAAGUUUGGACCUUGUUUGGCAGUGAUAUUAUCAAAUAUGGCAAGGAAGCUUCCUCUUGA